AUGAAGGUCUUCUCCUUGGCCCUGCUCAUCCUGCUGCUGGCGGCUCUCUGGGCUGAAAGCCAAGGUGUCUCCUUCCGCAGCCACUACAGCGCAUGCUGCUACAAGGACAUGUUCGUCUGGAAGAAAAUCCCUGCCUUCCUCAUCAAGAGCUACGAGAAAACGCCUUCCCACUGCUCCCGUAACGCCGUGCUUGUGGAGCUGCUGAGGGGGAAGAAGCUCUGCGUGGACCCAGAGGAGAGAUGGUUCCAGCAGUACCAGCAGCAGCAGGAGUCAAGGAGAACCUCCACAUGA